AUGGAAGAAAAAAAUCAAUCAAGACUUCCCCAGCCCUUGUCGAGAAUGGUAUCUCCGAUAACUAAAAUAAAGACAAAUCCUCUGGCUGAUUCUACAUCAUCAGUUAAUAUUAUUCCACAAAGAAAUGUCUCAGGAACCAAGAGAUCUCUUAAAGAUUUAGAAAUUAAUGUGUCUGAUAAUUCUAAGAAAAAAAAUACAACUGUUUCUGAGAGAAAAACCCUUGUAGAACGGGCAGUUGCACCUCGAAAGCCUUCUGGGAGUAGUAAUAAUAGAUCGUCUGUCAAUGAAAAUAAUAAAUCUGUAUCUGUUUAUCAAAAGACUUGUCAACCUGGCCUUAGUCGUUCAUUAAAUGGGGGACAUGUACGAUCUGCUUCGACUCUUGGAGGCAAUUUACCCAAUACAAUGUUGAAUUCUCAAACGAUACAACGAUCAGGUACUAAAACAUUAGGAGAUAGACCUAAACGUCCUGCUUGGGAUACUAGAGGUAGACUUGAGGAUAUGGAGAUUGCAUAUUCUGAAUUAAAAGAACAAAUCUCUAUUGGGAAUGCAGAAAAGGAUGCAAUUAUUACUGCGCUUGAGAGUGAACGUCACAAGUUAAAUGAAUUAGAAGUUGUUAAAAAGAGUUUGAUGAAUGAAUUAGAAGAAGCAAGAUCCUUUUUAUUAACACGAAAGCUGGAAAUGGAUGAGCAAUUGAGUAAAUUAAGAUGUGAAAAUUUAGAGCUUGAAAGAAAACUUGAUGAUGAACGCCGUCAAUUUAGAAAUGAAAUGGAUGAUUUUGUAAGGAAAAAUAGGGAUGAAAUUGAUUUACUCGAAAGGAAACAUAGAGACGAGAUUAAAUCCUUAGAAAAGACAUAUAAAGAAGAAAUUGAUGAAAUCAAACAAGAUGGAAAGCAGAAAUUGGAAUCUCUAGUAAGUUAUUAUAAAAAUGAAAUGGAAAUGAUGGAGAAAAAACAUACAACUGCAAUAGAAGAAGCAUGUUCUCAAAGCAUUCUGGAGUUGCAAAAAUUUAAAAUAGAGAGUGCGCUUGAAAAACAAAAAGCCGAUCUGGCAUUUGAUGCAAAAGAAAGAGAAUUACAGAUGACUAAAAUAUCUUUGAAUGAGGUCACUUCUGAUCUUGAAAGGGAAAAAAUCUUAAAUGUUUCACUUCGUAAUGAAAUUAAUGAAAAAUGCGUAUCCAAUCUAACUCUUGAAUCAUCUGUAUCUGUUUUUCGUACUGAGAUUGGAAAAUUGGAGUCCCAGAUUGCCUCGCAAAAGGCCGAUAUUGAAGAGUUUUCUCGUUUAGCUAAAGAUGCACAGGAGGAAAAAGAAAUAUAUUGCAAAAAACUCAGAGAAGAAGAAACAUUUCGUAGAAAGUUACAUAAUCAAAUUCAAGAACUUAAAGGGAAUAUUCGUGUAUUUUGUAGAGUGAGACCAUUUUUAGAGCAUGAAAAGCCUGAAAACGGUGCAGUAGAUAUCAAAUAUCCUGACGAAUCAAAAGAAGGAAAAGAAAUUGAGAUAUUUGGACAAACAGUAGAAUCAUCUUUGGGAUCUGUGCAUUCUAAAAGCUAUCCUUUCUCUUUUGAUAAAGUUUUUUCUCCUAAAUGUUCAAAUGACAUGAUUUUUGAUGAGAUUUCUCAGCUCGUGCAGAGCGCAUUGGACGGGUAUAAUGUAUGUAUCUUUGCAUAUGGACAAACUGGUUCUGGGAAAACAUAUACGAUGUGUGCAAAAGAUGGUAUGAUUCCACGUGCUGUAAAUCAAAUUUAUAAUACUGCUCAUGCCUUAUCUGAAAAAGGUUGGUGCUAUUCUAUGGAAGGACAAUUUCUUGAAAUCUAUAAUGAGCAUAUUAAUGACUUACUUGGUCAUCCUGAUGAAUUUGAUAAGAAAAAACAUGAAAUUCGACAUGAUCCUAAAGAAUGCAGGACAAUUGUUACUGAUUUAACCACAGUUGUCCUUGAUACCCCUUCUAAAGUAUCUUCAAUACUUAAAAAGGCUUCUAAUAACCGAUUUGUUGCUGCAACACAUGCAAAUGAGCGAUCUAGUCGUUCUCAUUCAGUUUUUAUUCUUACACUUUAUGGAACCAAUAGUAUAACAGGUGAAACAUCGCGUGGUACUCUUAAUCUCAUUGAUCUCGCCGGAUCCGAACGUCUUUCCCAAAGUCAAAGCAUUGGAGAUCGUCUCAAAGAAACGCAAGCUAUCAAUAAAAGUCUCAGUUGUUUGGGUGAUGUUAUAUCUGCUCUUAGUAAUCCCAAGGGACAUAUUCCUUAUCGCAAUUCAAAGUUAACAUAUUUGCUACAAUAUUCGUUAGGAGGCCAUUCGAAAACCCUAAUGCUAGUUACCUUAUCGCCAUUACUUCAACAUUUAUCGGAAAGUCUUUGUAGCUUGCGUUUUGCGACAAAGGUUAAUAAUACUGUGAUUGGAACGGCUCGUAAGACGAGUAAAGUGCAAAAUGUAUCUUUAACAGAUGGUUAA